GAUUAUUAUUUUCAAUUUUUGUUUUUUCAAGCAAAUUUGGCCAGUUCUACGGGAACUAAAUGCGCCUCCAAAACUAGCUGAGCUAACGAGCUCUCGUCCUUCAAAGUGUCAGCAUGAUCCUUAUUCAGCUUUAGACCGGAGUGCGUACGGCGUAUACAUCAGCGGAGUUGCAAGAUCAUCAAGACAAGUCAUCUGCGUUCGUAAUUACAGACUCAUCCUACUUCCAUCGACCGAAUCAUUUCUCGCACGAUCCUUUUCUUGAUCUUAUUAUUCAAUCCAAGUAAAGUAAACAAUUCAAUUGAAUCUCAGAUGCUAUAGAAAAGUUCCCGGUGGUAAAUAAUAAAUGAUGGAUGUACCUCCCGAUCAAGCCACGAGCAUCUGCAGCCACUGUGACAGAGCAGUUCCCUCUUCAAACCUUGAUUUGCACUUCACUCACUGUUCUCGGAAUCUAGGAAAAUGUAAAAUUUGUGGUGAUAUGGUCCCAAAGAGACAUGCUGAGGAGCAUUUCUUAAGUGUUCAUGCUCCAGUUUCAUGCUCCUUGUGCAACGAGACAAUAGAACGUGAGGUUAUUGAAGUUCACAAGGGGGAAAGUUGCCCACAAAGAAUUGUUACAUGUGAAUACUGCGAGUUUCCUUCACCUGCAGUUGAUUUGCUAAAUCAUCAGGAAAUGUGUGGGAGCCGUACAGAACUUUGUCACCUCUGUAGCAGAUACAUUAGACUGCGUGAAAGGAAUGCUCAUGAGAGCAGAUGCAACGGAAUAGCAGUUAAUGAUGUUGCUGAGUUUUCCAGGAACACAAGUGAAGCAGAAAGUGAUCAUACUAAUCAUAAUAGCAUUCCAAGAAGGCCUCCUAACGAGGUGCUUUCAAAGAAGCGUCUUCUGUUCACAAUUGCAAUAACAGGAAUUGCUGUUUUGUUAGGGUCACUCAUUUUCCAGAAGAAAUCUGAGCAGUCACGAUCACAAUAGGAAGCUGCAGUCUGUUGGGACUUCUCUAUUACAUACUUACGAAUCAUCUUCAAUCUUCAUGUUUGUACACUACACUAGCUAGCUAUUUCUUGUAUGAGUUUGGAUUUGUGGUCAACGGUUGAUUGUAUGUAAAAUGUGAGUCCAUUUCGACUGAGGGUUAUACUAAGAUUCUUGAUAUAAAAUGCUGCAUUUGUUACUAAGAUUUUUUUUGUUUGAUAAAAAAGAGUAAUGGGG